GCUGCUGAGUCAGCCACGUCCUCUCUCUCCUCUUCAUCUUCUGCAGUUCCCCCCACCUCCCAGCCUCCCCUCUCUGUCUCCACAGCUCCUGCCUCCUCUACCACUGCCAUCACUACUACCAACAUUCCUGGGCUGCGUGACCUGAUAAAACUAUCAACAUCCAAGAGAGAUAUCAGAAUAUUGAAAGAGAGUGCAGUGAAAUUCAAAGACAUUGGAACCUUCUUACUGGGCGAUGAUACCGGGGCAAUAGUCAGUGCCAUAGCAAAGACUGCACUUGGUGACCAAGUUGAAGCCGUUAGAAUGAUAUAUGUACAAUGGAUACAAGAAGAUGAAGAUCACUCGUGGAAGAAACUGAUCCAGUGUUUCAGAGAUGUUGAACUGAACUCUCUUGCCAGAGACCUUGAGCUACACUUUGGACUCCCUUCACCUUCUGACAGAGGUAAGGUAAACGUACAGGGAGACACUCUUCUAUAUAGCAGUAGCGCAUGAGAACUUACAUACAAAGAGCUUGGAAAAGCAUGUGAGAAAAAUGCGUACGGAAUUCUAUGGCUUUUGCCUUGGGGACUACAAGUUUUAGUGGGUGGUUGUACCUCAGUUCACUAAUAACUUGUUGCCUGGAGUAAAAGAAGAUUAAGAGGUAGCACACUGUCUGGGCCUUCCCUUUUGACAACAAGUAACUGAAGGGACAGCUAGCUAAAGUCGGUUAUAUAGCUGUUAGGGUUCACCUUGCACAAGUACUACUGUCAAAACUGUUUAUGCAAACGCACUCAUAACCAGCAUACCACAAGUGUUUGUG